GAUACAGCAUAUCUUGUAGAAGUACAUCAUAUUACUGAAAAAGGCCACAAUGCCGGUACAGUUUAUUGUAAAACCCAGGCUAAGGAACUUACAGCAAAUUUUAUGUUACAUAAAAAAAUUUUACGAUUUCUCUAUCCAGGAAAAUGUGGAUAUAAGUCAUUUAUAACAGGUACAACAAAAAAUUUGCGCGAAAGUACUAAUAAUGAAAAAGUCAAACAGUUUCACAGAAAGUUCUACAGGCCAGAAAACUUGACUAUAUUGAUAACGGGCAAAAUACCCCACAAUCAUAUUUUUCAAGCGUUAGAGCCUUUAGAACAGAAAAUAAUGUCGAAGAAAAGAAAUGAUAUAUUUGAGAGACCUUGGCAAAAUCCAAUUGAAUCAUUCAAGAAAAGCGCAGAAGUGGAAGUCAUUUUUCCAUCCAUGGACGCAAACUAUGGCGAAGUACAUGUUGCCUGGCGGGGACCGUCAGCAAUUACUCAAGUGUACGACUAUACCAGUUGUCUAGCACUUUUGAAAUAUAUCACGAGACCAAACGAUAGUCCGUUAAGAACAAUCUUUGGUAAAGUCAGUGAUCAUUGUCAUAUUAUAUGGUUUUCGGAUAAAUGGUCAGUUCCAUAUUUGGAGAUUGUUUUUCAAAACGUACCAAUAAAUUACAUUGAUUCGAUCACAAAACAGUCUAUUUAUGAGGUACUAAAAGAGGUAUAUACCACUGGUAUAAAUAUGAAAACGAUGAAAAGCUUAAUUCGCAAAUCAUUGUUUGACAAACGAAAUGAAUUUGAACUAGAUCCGCAUAAACCGAUCGCAACGUUUCUUUUUGAGUGUUUAGUAUACGAAAACAUUGAUAAUUUAGAACAACGGUUAAAGAAUAUUCUACGCGAAAUAGAAAACUUGGAAAACGAGCCUAAACAACAUUUUUUAGAUCUACUUAAACAGUAUUUUAUCGAUGCACCGAUGGUUAUCGUGAAAGGCAAACCCAGUUUUGAAGAGUAUUUUAAGUUGCAAGAAGAAGAAAAACAUGUAGCCGAGCAAAUCACAAAAUUCGGCCAAAAAGGUUUAAAGCAAAAAGAAAAAGAGCUUAAGCAGGCUAUCAAAGAAGUAAAAAAAGAUGUGCCUAAAGAAGUAUGGGCAAAAAUGAGUAUACCUGGCAUAGAAUCAAUCACUUUUCAUGACAUUCUGAGAUAUAACACGAAAACGCUCGAGCAACAUCCUAAAUUUGAUGUUAAAAGACUGCCAUUCUUUACCUAUUUAGAUCAUGUCAAUACAAAUUUCUUUUAUUUACAAGUUAUUAUGGAUACUUCUUCUAUUAGUCUGGAAAAUAAACUUUAUAUUCCGUUGUUGGCGGAAGUACUUUUAGAAUCUCCCGUAAAUAGAGGAAAUCAACUGAUUUCUAACGAAAAACUAAAAGAUUUGUUACUUGCUGAUAAUAUAGAAGUUCACUCUCCUCGUGGCAUCGAUUUGUCGCACAAUGCUCAUACUCUGUCGUUACUGAUUCAGGUUGAAUUACAAAAUUAUGAAAAAAGUGUACAGUGUUGUAAAGAGUUUUUAUAUGAAACUAUAGUAACGGUCGAAAGUUUAAAAAUAGCACUAACACGAUUACUAGACAAACAUGGAAACAUAAAAGAUGAAGUAUUUGCAAUGACUUUAAUGGAUACAUUGUUAUACACGGACGGCAAUUUCCAGGUUAUAUACAGCCCGUUGUGGCAGUAUAAGUUUUUCUAUGAUGUCAAGAAACGCCUAGAUACCGAUGUAGGGCAGAAAGAAGUGUUAGCACACAUCGAAUCUGUUCGAAAAGCGCUGACUUCGCCGACAAAUAUGUUUAUGUACAUGGGCGUCAAUGUUGAUAAAUUAACGGAACAUGUUNCAGAUGUUUAUGCCCCAUGGACUAAAUAUUUUGCAGAUUUUAUAAACUUUGAGAAAACGAAGAGUAACAUCACUUCUAAGUCAAACUUCCGUACGCCUUCUCCUAGUUUUACUUACAACGGGUAUAUAAGGGAGGUAGUUGAAACAAAUACUACGGUUUUAAUUCAAUCUUGUCCGUGCAUAAAUGAUUUUCAACAUUCCGAUUUGCCAGCUUUGCAAGUGUGUCUGACUUAUCUUACGCAAGAAGAAGGACCUUUAUGGGAACUUCGACAAGAGCUUGCUGACUUCAAUCUUUUCACGACGGUGGACGAUGGGACCUUAACUUUAAAGUUGGUUUCAACUACAAACGUAGUAGCUGCGUACAACAAAAUUAAAUCCACAGUGGAUGCACACGUUCGUAAAAACAAAUUUAUCUUCCAUUUUUACGAAAAAGCUAAAUCGUCACUCAUCUCGGAGUAUAUCAACAUGGUACAUUCCAUAAAGAAUGUGAUGAUUGCAUCGGUGACGUCGUACUGUAAAAGUAUGCCACAUGAUUAUAUUUAUCAAAUGGUACAGAGCGUUUACGCUGUUAGUAUAGAUGACAUGAGCCGUGUGACAACUCGAUACAUCAAACCAUUGUUUGACCCUAAAAACUGCAAAAUUGCCAUUGUAUGUAAUACUAAAAGAAGUGCCGAAAUAAUUGAGGCUUUCGAAAAAAUGAAGUUUAAGUUUGCCGUAUAUAAAAGCUCCAAUGAAGUAUAUAACUGUAUUAAAAGCAGAAUUUUAAAAGAUGUAUAACUUUUACAGUUUUAUGUGAUAUGUGUAUUGUUUGACGGUUAGUUCGAAAAAUGUGUAAAACUGUUUUAAAUCAAAAACUAUUUAUUAAACAGAUACACAAUGUAAGACNUAUGUUAUGACUUUAAGUUUUAU